AUGACCACCACGACCAAGUACAUCAAUGGCCUCCAAGUGCCCAGCGACCAGCACUUCCCACCUCCAAAGCCCGACCUCAGCAUCUACCAACCCCCAAAGUCCAAAGUCGCGCAGUUUUUCUGGAGACGAUGGAUGUGGUUUGAGGCGACGUUCGUCUUCUCGAUGCUGGAACCAUGGGAGAAGGUUAUGCUUUUAAUGAUGGCAUUCAUAUUCACCUCGCUCUUCUUUACCGGGAUGAUCAAAUAUUUCCCACCGCACGUAACUCUUAUGCGACGACGCGCCAUGUACUAUCUCCUGGGCCAAGAAGGAGAUGAAUACCUGCUCUGGCAAUGGCUAGGCAUCGGUGCUGGGAACGCUCUACGCACAGAACUCUAA